UGAGUCGAUAUCUCGGGGAGUGAACGAUGUAUGAUAAGAGCGUGUUUGUUUGGAUUUUUAGAUGUAGUGUUUUUGUCGGUUUAUUAUCUGCGGUUGUAACCGUUAUAUAUCUCACGCCAAUUCCAGAGCUGCAGCACGCAUCAUGUCUGCGGCAGUGCCACGAGCUGGACUGGCCGAUGAUCUGCCGUGUCAAGCUGGUACUGGAGGUCUCGUCAGCUGUAACAAGGAGCAGCAGUUCCUGUGGCCACAACAGUACAGAGUGUGUGGAGGGAUGUGGCAGAAGAGUAGGACCAAUCAAAGCCAAGCUGCUCACAGCUAACGGCCUCGCACCUGGACCUACGAUUGAGGUAUGUGAGAAGGAUAUCCUGGUAGUGGACGUGGUGAACCGUGCACCAGGGGCAGCAGUGUCAGUCCACUGGCGCGGCCAGGCCCAGCGAGAGACCCCGUACAUGGACGGAGCCCCCAUGGUGACCCAAUGUCCCGUCAACACAUUCACGACUUUCCAGUACAAGUUCAGGGCUACCAAUCCUGGCACACAUGUCUGGCAGGUACAUACAGGUAACCCAGAGCUGGACAGCUUAUUUGGAGCCCUGAUAGUCCGUCAGUCACCUAAGAAAGAACCUCAUCAUGACCUUUAUGACGAAGAUGAUCAUUUUGUUCUUAUUAGCACGUCUCCUUCUAUUGAUAACUUGGGCUCUGGAGCCCUUCUUAUCAAUGGAAAACCUUUUAGCCAGGAGGGCGAGGCUCAGUUGAAUGUGACGUCAUACAAGAGACACAGACUACGGCUGAUGUAUGCUGUAGCAUCUAUUAGUUGUCCUGUAACUGUGGCAAUAGACAGACACUCACUGUUGGUCAUAGCACUGGACGGUCACCCCAUCAGACCUGUGGAGGCUCUCAGUGUAGUCAUGGCUCCUGGAGAGAGAGUAGAUGCUGUACUAACAGCUGAUCAAGACCUUGGUGACUAUCAGCUGAAGGUGACCACAACAGCUGAAUGUACCACCAAGCUGCAAGGAUCAGCCCUAGUCAGCUACCAAACUCACCAGAGCGCUCAGUCACCUCUCACAAGGCUCCCCCAACACCAACCUAACCUGGUCAAGGGUCUGAGCACAGUAGGGAAUGGAGACUGCAGCACAAGUGAUUCUCAGUUCUUGUGUCUCUCCAAGAUACAAUCCCUGACUAAACUCCCCCCAGAACUCACCCCCGAGAGAUUACCCUUCACGCUCUUCUUGCCCUUCGACUUUGUCAAGCCUCCUCCCCAGUACAGUGUCUUUGAUGACUCUCUGAGACUGCCUCGCCUCAACAAUCUCACUCUCACCUUCCCUUCAUCGCCUCUGCUGAGUCAUGCAGCAGACCUGGAGGUUUGCAACUCCAAUGUCCGUCCGUCGCCUUGUGAGGAACAAGCCAUGUGUCAAUGUGUCCAUGUUGUAGAAGUGCCUUUACACACUCCUGUCGAACUGAUGCUCAUUGACCAAGGUGGUGAAGGAUCCCACACAUUCCACCUGCACGGCCACAGUUUCCAUGUGGUGGGGGUGGCGGGGAGGGGGGAAGGAGUGCGGCGUGGUGCAGAGUAUGGUAGACUGCCGCGUCAACUACACAAUCCUGUGGUUAAAGACACAGUCACUGUCCCUGCUGGGGGUGCUGUGGCCCUGCGGUUUAUGGCUGACAACCCUGGUUACUGGUUGCUGCAUGAUGAGAGGUGGCAAGGGUUGGGGGUGAUAUUCCGUGUAGGCUCCACAUCCGACACACCACCUCUGCCUGACAACUUCCCUACAUGUGGCGACUUUGUAGGGCCAGAGUUCUUCCUAAUUUAAAAUAAUCCUUCAGGAGAAAGUGCAUUGCUUUACUAGGAUUUGUAGCCCAGUAGAGUUCCAACAAUCAGAAAACGUGCCUGAAACUCUAAGGUGCUGUAGAUUUCUGAAACUGGAAAUACUGUGUUAAGAGAACCACUGUGACAGAUAAGCUAGGUACACAUGGGAGCAUUGCACCGCACACUGUAACGCGCUUCAGAUAAGCCUUUAAAACCCAUGACAGCAUUGCAUUGCUCGUUGGAUCAAUAAUUGUCUCAUGGCAUGUCCCGGUACAGCCAUAAAAGUUGAAGAGGCCAUUUCUGUUUGAGCCUUGUACCAUAGAUAUAAAAACGAAAACAAACUCAAAGUACCCCCAUUGCAGCUCUUUGCCCCCAUUCCACUCUUUACCCUAAUCUAUGAAAAUAUUAACUUGUUUUUGUAAUUACCUGAGAAUACUAUCUUCUACAUAUUUAACAAAAGUUCAGGUCUGUCUAGCACCUAGUGAGAACAUUGUUAGGGAUUAAAUUUCAACGAUAAGAACCUCAUAGUUACCAUGAGGUAAGUUUAUUGUAAAUUGAAGUAAACACACAGCAAACAUACUUAAAAUCUACUCCCUCCUACUCCAAAACCAAAACGCACAUUCCAACGCUCACAUGUGUACAGUCCCAUUAAAACCAUUGUAGCUCAAGACAAAGCUUCUGCUAGCACGCGUUGCACAAAGAACUAGUGAUGGUCAAAACCAGAAAUUUUGAAUCUCAAAACCAAAACCGAAACUUAAAAAAUCAAAUCCCGAGUCUCGAAUCUCAAAACCUGAACGUGAAAUUUUUAGGUACCGUAACUGGUCAAGUUGUUAAAAAUACAGGUACUGUAAUGAUAACAUUUUCAUUAUGAUUAUGCGAUCAAAACUGAAAGAGAUUGACUCCUGAUCCAGACAUAAUAACUAUAAUAACAUAAAUGUGACGGAUAAACUUCAAACCUAAAAUAACAUACUUUUUUAUGAAACAACUACGUUAACAUUAAAAUAAAUGAAACUCUUAACAUUGAAAUAAACAUGAAUAUUACAUUAAUUAGAACAUUUAGUGGCCAAUAUUUCUUUGUGUUUAAAAAAUGUUGAAUAUUGAUAUAAAACUGAAUUGUAAGCUGUUCCAGUAUUUAACCCUUCCCGGACGGGCGAAAUCGUGACAUAGAAUGGGAAAAAAUUAUAGGAAAAAAUUAAAAUUAAUUUUCCUUAUUUGUGUUUUGUUGUGCAAGUAUACAUAAAAUAAACACAAUGGAACACUUAAUACUGUCAAAAUAAAUUUUUACUCGUUUUUAACGAUGCGGAUAUAUCCGCUACCCGUCUUUGAAGACAUGACCAUGACAACGUUAGGCAAUAAACAAAACCCCUAACCCCCCACCCCCUGGAUACGCCACGGUGUACCAGCAUAUACUUUCAAAAGUAUAACUCACAGUAAGUGUUUUCCUAAACUCAGGAUAUAAAACUGAAUUAUGAGCAUUUGAUGAGUUUUAGAUGUAAAAUGUACAUUCCGACUUUCAGUUUUAUUCCCAUGUUUAAGUUAAAUCGAGCCACUGAGUCCACUGGUGUAAAUGAAAGAUUUUGUUCAAACACACCAACUUUUUAACCAAGCCAAACUGAUAGAACAGCUUAUUGUAAGCUAUGACAUCUUUUGUGUUGUAUUAACCUAUCAUUAGCAAUUGAGGAGGAAACCAGAACUUUGACGGUAGAGUAAUCACAAUCAAUGUGUGUCUCCUUCAACUACCUAUGUUAUAUAAAAAAAAUAAAUAAAUAAAUAAAAAAAUAAAAAAUAAAAAAACGGCUACAGCUGGUCUAGGCCUAUAUAGACACAAUAUAGUAUAUAGCCUAUAUAGUACAAUUAAUUGCAUGAUUACUGAAUUGGAAACAAGCAUAAGUGACCUUAUUGCCAAUUUAAAAUUUCCUUACUGAACAUUUAGGGCUUUCAUGGAGAUCUGUUUGUGAUGUGGCCCUUCACAGAAUGGAGCAAGGUGAGGUAGUGAGAAGCUCAAAUAAUAAAGACGGAAGACGUAACUAUAGUCGUUUACUUGUCGGGUUGUAAAUAUUAUGUCUCAAUUGAUGGUUAAUGUUGCAAAGAAUCCAUGAUAUUUUUUAGGAUAAUUCAUAGUAUAUUGAAGCAAAACUAAAAAUGCAAAAAGCACCAAAUUGUUCAAAAUACAUGACAAUAAAGCUAGUCUUUUAAUUUGACCUUUUGGAUUGUAACCUUUUGGAAACAUACUCCUACGGUAAUACCAGGCCCGCAGUUUGCAUGUGACGAGCUAUGGGCCCGAGAGAUAUUUGUGCCUGCCCCCCUCCACCCUCCACAGAGAAUUGUUCUCUUCCUUGCAUCCCCAAUAAACCUAAAACCUAUUUUGCCUUUACAGAGGUUCUGAAACUUUUAAAGUUACAAAAUGCAACAAUUUGUACAGGGAUAAAACGUUUAAUGUGUUUUGCAAAUAGAAGCAAUAAUAAAAAUGAUCAAAUUUAAAAGCUUUACAUCCAAACAAUUGUAUUUUUACCUCUGAAACAUUUCAGUUUAUAAAUAAGGUGAAGAAAAAAAAGUUCAGAUUGAAAGUUCAAAUUCAUUUUGUAAUUUAAUAGGCAAAGUUUGACAAGACGUAGAAUCUCAAUAACUAGUUGUAAGUAUUAUUUAAUGUAAAUAAUUUUAAAAUUGAAUAAGUCAAUCUGUGAUUAUAUAUAUAUAGGCAUUGUCUCAACUUUGUGUUAUUGUAGUUUUAUAAAUAAUU